AUGGAAGACGCGGCCCCUACCAAGCAAGAUCGUCGCAUCUACAAGGUGCUGCGUGACCGAUGCGAUGCCCCUCGCGUCCUCUUCUCCACCGAGGAUCCGCUCGUCCUCGUGCGCCAUGGCGACCGGUGCCACGUCUUUCUGUUCAGCACCAAGUACUAUACCUACAUGGUCAAGAGUAAAGGUUUCAAGUUGUAUGCGGUGUGGGCAAAUCGGCAGCUGUCGGUGACGGCUCGGUCGGACCAGAUCACCCUCACCUCGCUUGACCCGCACGCCAUGAAAGCAACGCCGCAGUCCCACAAGGAGACGACGGACGCCGCUGUCAACAGGUUCAGCACGGUCACACUGGAGACGAAAUCGGCGCUGAAGGCAGCGGAGGUGGAGGAGCGUAUAAUGUACCUCGUUGAAAGUGCGCAGCGCACGGCGGCGGUGCUGGAGCAGCAGGAGCGUGGCAUUGCGCUUGAUGGGGGCCGCUACCUUGGCGACAACGAAGACGACGCCCACUCCGGCAGCUCCUCUGAUAGCGAAGACGGGGACGGCGGCGGUACGUCCAUAUCCGCGACACUCGCCUCGGCAGCCGCUCGUGCAGCGGUUCAGCAGGGAGACGGAGGGCGCAAAACGAAGGUUUCCGAGGGGGGGCUGCACAUGUCCCCAUCGCGCUACAUCGCCAUCACAUCCCUUGUGGAUGGCGAGUUUGCUGACUACACGGCGCUCAAGAACGCGUACAUGCGGCAUGAGGAGGAGGAUCUGCUGCGGGACUUGGGCGUCUUCAUCAAAGAGAACGAAGGUCAGGUGGAGGCGUUGUGCGAGCAUCACUACCCGGCCCUCAUCCACGCCGCACAGCAGUGCGUGAGCAUCUCUGAGCGGGACGCCGAGCUUGUAGGUGAGGAGCUCAGCGGCGCCACUGCCCUCGUGCGCUCCGCUGUCGUGAACAUGAAGAAGGCUACCUCCAGCCUCCUCUUGUCACGCAGCACCCGCGACAACCUGCAGCAGGUACACGGCCUUCUCUCCAAAGCCAUCGCCGUCGCCGAGCACCUCGAGACGGCGGAGUCACAGACGCAGCGCCAGCAGCUCGUUGGGGCGGUGGCCACGCUGCGUGAACUGAUUCGCCUGGCCGCACCCCUUAGCGAGUACGCCAUUGGCGAGUACGUGCUGCAUGUUCGCAUCCCGGCACUCAUGCAGGAUGUCUUCAGCUACGCCGUGCAGCAUCUCAACAACUGGCUGCGUGUCCUGCGGGACAAGGCGUAUCCCAUUGGGAAGGCUGCGAUGGAGUGGCAAGGCACCGUGACCGCCGGCCGCCUUUCCUUGCACCUCGUCAUGGCCGAGGCAAGCGAGCAGUGGUGGCUGAACGAGGAGUUCGUGCCAGCGCAGCUGAAACUGGCGCCGUUCGCCGAGGCGGAGGCAAUUACUGCGGUGUCCAACGGUGCCGGAAUCCAAGCCGUCUUCAUAGAGCUGCACCGCGAGGAGUACCUCGACAAGUACUACACAGAGGGCCGGUGGCAACAGGCGCGCGCUGAUCUGCUGGAGUGUCCGCUGACGCUGGCGAACCUGUCGCCUGCCGAGGUGUUCAGCAAGUUCCGCGAGUACUGCGCCACCGCCAUGGGGUUCAUUUUAAUCGAGGACAUAGUUUACGGCGGCACCUCGCCGCACCUUCGCUCCCGGGCCGAGAUCAUCCAGCUGUGGGCCAGCCUCUCUGCCAAGAUUGCCGAGCACGCCCUCAAGGUGCUGCAGGUCCUGCUGGCAAACCCUAGCGAGACAAGCGAGGCUGUCCAGCAGGUCCAGGUACUACAGUCGCUCAUCCGCUGUGCCGCUGACAACGUGAAAUGUGUCGAGCUAAGCAACCUGCCCCUUAUGCGCGCGAUGGAGACGGCAAGCGACCAGCUGAUCAGCUCAUGGCUGCAGCGGGCCUGUGUCGACUGCAUGCAGCUCAUUAUGAGCGAUACGUUUGCCCCCGCCGUGGCCACGGAUGCCGCGCAAUACGCCGAGCUUGUUGCGCGCUUCUGCUUCCACAGGUGCACGUCUCUGGAGCUGAGUAUCCCAAGCGCCUACACUAGUGGCGCCCUAACGCUGCCCUACAGUGCUGUCGUGCCGCGCAUCGGUGAGUGCGUUCUCGGCUUUCUUACGCAGUGCUACUCCACCAUCAUCACCGACACGUCCACCGUCGUGAUGCAGUCGGAGCUGAACAACGUGGAUGAGAUGCUGCUCAAGUAUCUGACAGUGCUCUUCCGCACAGUGGCGGAGUCGAUGCAGGGUCAGCUCAUGUCCAUCGAUGCGCGAGCCGUGCUGCAGCUCGCAGUCUACGUGACGAGCUGCUCCAUGAUGCCAGUGCUCAUAUCGUGCGCGGAGCAGCAGUACAUGCUGCACUGGCAAUGUGAUUACGAGCGCGAGAAGGCGCAGACAAUGGGAGCACCGAAGCUGAUGGCACACUGCGUCAAGUUCUUCACCAAGUCUCUGCAGCUCGGGAUUGAGCGGCUGCUCUCAGCGAUCAUGAAGGAGGUCGAGGCGCGGCUGCAGGCCGUAGACUCCAUGUCGUACUGGAAGGCGCAGGUCGAGGCGCGCCGACAGAACAGAAAAGAUAACGGUGAGGCCUUCGCGUCCUGCGUGGAGUACAUUCUCAUGAUGAUUCCCAAGCUGAGCUCUGUCCUGCAGAGCACCGUCGUGCGCAGUGUCGUGGGAACGGCGAUCACGCGAGCAGGAGUUCUCAUGCAGUCCAGCUUGCACACAGCCAUCACAAACGCCUAUCAAGACGGUGCGCGCGACUUUGGUAUAUGGAAAGAAGCCAUCGAGGAGUACGAGAGGCAGUGCACUAUGGGUGUCCCUCUGUGGCAGCGCCGUCUUGGUGAGCUUCUGCCGGGUAUCAGUGGGGCACAACGCUUCCCACUCAACGCGGCGGUUGCAGCGCAGGAGGUGCGGCAGUGGAUCGAUCCGAAGGAGCAGGCUUACAAGGCGAGCCAGCCACAGAUCUUAGCUGGCAUCGAAGGCGCCGGCAAGGCUGUGGCGAAGGGUUUCCAAGCGGUGGGCAAGGGCGUCGUUGCCAGAGCCAGUGUCUUUGGGAAGGGGUCACAGCAGUAG